UGGGCCUGCUCAACAUUUUUACACAUGCCACAGAGCAUAUGCUGUUAAUUGCUUAAUUGUAUCAUGCAGUACACCUAUAUGUAAGCAUCUGCAUUCUUUAUGUUUCUCUACUCAUUUAUUCAGGUUUAUCCUUCAGUGGCUUAAUUUGUGUUAACCUAAACCUUAUUUUUCCUGAAUUUAACAUUUGAUUAAAAAAGCAGUUCUUAAUGUUCAUGCAUUGACACAUUUGUAUUACUUACCAAAGGAGCAUGCUGUUUGGACUCAAUGUAAGGUUUAAACCUAAUGGGUUGAUUGCAUAGGACCUGAAAGCUUUCAUCCGAUUGUCUUUAUUGACUGCAUUGAUUCACCACCAGGUGCCAGUAUUUUACCAAUCAGUUGGGCUGGCAGUAGCAAGGCAUGGGGAGAGGUUUCUGAAAUAGGCUACGCAACUUCUGAUAUCAACCAAAAAUCUUAUGAUGUCAGUUAGCCGUAUCGUAAUUUCAUGAAAUUAUAACAAAUUAUGUACACACCAAAGCAUUAAAAAGGUAAUGUCAUGCAGUGUCCUGUAAAAAAUGUCAUUUUUCUGUCAUUUUUUUUGCAUGUGUUCUCAUAAAUAAAUUGUUUUCACAUGUCUCUUAUGCAGUUGCUGUUAGCAAUUUGAUGGUGACUUGUGGGAAGUCAUUCUAAGUGGAAGGGACAUAAAAAAAGUUUGUUUACACUGUCUGUUUACACUGUUAAUUUUACACACCUCAAGAGGCUUUGUAAAUGACAUAAACGUAUUAACAAUAGAUUCUUCGCAAUAUCAACAGAUACGGCAGAAAAAUGACAGAGGACCAAGAAUGUUUUUGUCGUCCUUAUCUUUCGAGAGUAAUUUUUCAUCCUGUGACAUUACCUUCAUUGAACUUUUCCUGUGCAGCAUAAUGGGCUGAUCAUUCUCAGCCUUUUGGUCAUGUGGCAGUAGUGCUACCAUUAAAAUUGAAUGCGUUUUUGCUAGAGAACAAAGGACACGUGGACCUGCUCAGGUCUUAAUUACCCAGCCUUCUUACACUGCGUAGCUAGUAAUUAGUAAAUAUGCAAAACUUAAUUUUGUGUUUUCUUCCCAAACAACCAAGCUGCAGCAAAAGGUUUCAUAGUUUAACAUUAAACAGCAGAAAGACAACAAAACUAAAAAAUAUGUCAACCAAAUUUCAACAGGGUGAUAUCAAUAUGAUAACAUGAAUUGCUAAAUAGACCAGGUGGAGAAACUGCAAUGUAAAUACUGAUUCAAAGAGCAAACGAUUACUCAGACUAGACCUUUAGAAACCACAGACAUCAUGUUAUGGGUGAAAAGGUUGUCUAGACAAUAAUGUAGGUACGUCAAAUAUGUCAGAUUUUUAAAUAAGAAUUUAAUUCAUUCUGCCGGGUCUUCAGGAAAACUGCAGAGGUGGAUAUAUCCAGACUCUAAUUCCACACCGUUUAAUAUCCACAAUUCUGCAAACAAACAAAAAAAGCAGUAGCACUGAACAGCCUCCCAGCAUUAUCUCUGAAUUCAGCUCCAUGGCAGGCCAUCAAAAAGCAACUUAUUCCCACUCUACCUUUUCAAAAACAUAUUAAUCUACCGCUGUCCAAUAAGAGACCUGCCGUUUGCCGUGCAGCCAAUCAGAUACGCGGAGAGUGCUCAGCCUUCAGGCCAAUCCUGGCCAGCAUUCUAAUGUGGCCCAUCUUUAUCAAGAAGGUGUCAGUCCUCUUUAAGGUACAUCUUAUUUAUUACCUUGGAGGAAAGUGCUGGGGAAGGGCAUUUGUCUUAAGGAGCAACUGUAACACUCCUUCUCUGGUGGGCGCACGGCUGAUGUUUACCUUGGAAUUAUCGUACAAUGGCACAAAACAGGUGAGAGGGAGCUGGUUUUAUGUUUGGCGCUGACUGCUGAUCUCUCACGAACCACGAAGCCACCGAAGCUCUCACCGCAGAACUGGCACGGUCUCCUCUGAGAGAGGGAGGCACCACACCGCCUGACCACAUCCAUCCCCCAAAUUUCAGGGGGGCGGAGGACUAAACCGGAAGAAAGGCAAACGCAAAAGAGGGCAUUUCAGAUUCAGAACUCACCGGCUGGACCAGAGGGAGGCAGUCCUGUUGGACGGAAACCCCGGGGGGCUUUUCAUGUCGGGUCCAGAGUGAAGGAGCGUGUGGAGACAGCUGGCGUCCUGAGGCUUUCCCCAUGGAUCCAAACAUCUCGGGGUCUUUCCUGUUCAACAACGGCCUGAACCAGUUCCCCUCGGACGUCAAGGCGCCCAUGUGCCAGUACUCGGUGCAGAACUCGUUCUACAAGCUCAACCCGGGCCUCAACAGCCAGCUGCAGGCCGGGACGCCGCACGGCAUCAGCGACAUCCUCAGCCGCUCCAUGGUGGGCGCCCCCAGCACCGCCCUCCUCUCCGGGUACUCCACCAUGGGGGGGUUUGGCACCGUGGCCACGCCGGGGGUCUACUACAACCGGGACUACAACGCCUCGCUGGGCGGCUUCUCCAAGCCCGGUUCGGAGUGCCUGACGAAGGGCCGCGGCGGGGGCUGCUGGGGGGAGGCCGGGUACGAGUGGAGAGGCGGCAGACAGCCGUGCAGCAACAGCACCGGACACCUAAGUGAGGCGGUGGGGAGGAAAAAGCACACCAGACCCACCUUCAGCGGACACCAGAUCUUUGCGCUGGAGAAAACAUUCGAGCAGACCAAAUACCUGGCGGGGCCGGAGAGAGCCAGGCUGGCAUACUCGCUGGGCAUGACCGAGUCUCAGGUCAAGGUGUGGUUCCAGAACCGACGCACAAAGUGGCGCAAGAAGAGCGCCUCCGAGCCCAGCUCCACCCAGGCCUCCAGAGGGGAGCAGGGGGGCGACACCUCGGAGAACGAGGUGGAGGACGAGGAGUACAACAAGCCCCUGGACCCCGACUCGGACGACGAGAAGAUCCGCCUGCUUCUACGCAAGCAUCGGCGGGCUUUCUCUGUGCUCCGACUCGGACCCCAUCACGUCUGACAAGUACACACACGCAGGCACACACACACACACACACACACACACACACACAUACACACACAGUCUACAGACACUGGCCUGUCAAUUAAAUCAAGCUGUAUACUGAAACACAAAUGAACUACAGGUGUGUGCACAAAUAAAUCAAUAUACUAGCAUUAAGUAACAAAAUCAUUGAAUCAUGGGUGCAAAGAUGGCUAGCUACAGUCCCAUUGACACUAGCUAACUGAACAACUGACAUCACGUGUUGAUAUUUAUUUUUUAGAGUCAGCAUAGUUUACUCAUUCAGGGCAUACAUACGCUUAAGUAUCUAGGUCAUCCGAGCCCAUUAUGCUAUUCUGAGUAUGUUAGAGAUCUGUUUACAGUCAUCACUGACAGAAGCAGAAUGAGCAAAGGCUUUAGUUUAAUUCACUUGCCCUCGUGUCAACCGAAAACAAGUAAACCGGGAAUCAUAAAUAGACUUCUGGAGUGGCCCACUGUAAAAGAACAUCUUUCAGCAGAUUAAACGACACACACAACGAAGAAUGUCAGCCACGGGCUUGUGUAAAUUUUCUGCAAUUUAUUCAUUGUAAAUCUGUGAUUGUGAUCAUGCAAAAUGCUAGCAAGUGACAACCCAAUAUUUACAGGUACACUACCUGACUGACUUCCAUGACUGUAAAUACAAUUUACAAUUAAAGUGCAGUAAUUUAUUGUAAAGUGAGACUGGGUGCCUGAAACUGCGGUUUCUCAAUGGGAAUCUCUUUGGCUGGCUGUUGUGGCAUUGUGGUCCAUGUUUUUAAAAAAACGCAUGCAUUUCUAAGCAGAUCGAUCCCCAAGCCUUCAGCCACCUAAAAGCUGUGUAAAUGAACUGAGAAAUUGUAUAAUAAAAACUAUGGAUUACUA